UUCUUGUCUUUUGUCUUUGUCAGUUAUGAUAUUAUGAAUGAAUCAUCAUAUUAUUCUUGAAAUAUAAGAAGCUGCAAAACUUUACCAAAAAUUAAUGAUGAACGAAUAUUGCGUAUAAUCUAUCGAAUCAAUCUAUACUGAGACAGUUACAUAAAUUCUCAAAAAUUUCAUUCAAAAUUCAAUCAAGUUUCAUUAGUGAAGUGAGUACACCACACCAUCGACAAGAUUCGAGCGAGACGACCGCACCUAUCAUUGUGCUGCUGUGCUACGAUUUCGUGUUUAAUCGUUAUGACAAUUCGUAUUUAUAUAUUUUGAUAUAGUUUGUACGGCGAUAAAACAUGCAAUACAGUGUAUGCUGCUUCCUAUUACUAACAUUAUAUGUUAGUUGGACAGUAUGUCGAGAAGUACCUUCUCCACCAUACAUUGUGAAACAACCACCAACCGAUGAGGUAUUAUUUCAAGUAGAAUCCAAUGGGGAAAAUGACAAACCAUUUUAUAUCGAAUGCGAGGCCAUAGGAGAGCCGGCACCUAAAUACUAUUGGAUAAAGAAUGGGAAACCAUUUGCUUGGCAGACUUACGAUGACAGGAUAUCUCAACAGACUGGCAGAGGUACCCUGUCGAUUACGAAACCGUCCGAUGUCGAUCUCGGACAAUACCAAUGCUUCGCCGAGAAUCAAUAUGGCGUGGCCACUUCCAACUCCGUGUUCAUGCGUAAAGCGGAACUGAACUCUUUCAAAGCUAGCCAGCCGCUGACGCAAACUGGAAACGAGGGCGAACCAUUCAAACUGACUUGCCAACCGCCGGAUGGUUGGCCAAAACCCAUCGUCCACUGGAUGUACUUCUAUACGAAUGGUGGCUUCAAAACGAUUAAUAGUUCUCGAAUGACUUUGGAUCCGGAAGGGAACUUGUGGUUCUCAAAUUUGACUAAGGCCGAUGUUACCGAUAAUUUCAUGUAUGCCUGUGCAGCUACCUCACCCACUAAAUACGAAUACAAAUAUGGCAAUAGAGUGCUGUUAAAUGUGGUUUCAUCUGGAGUGUCUGGUUAUCAGAAUAAACACGAACCCGUUUUGCAAUAUGUUACCAGAAAAAAUGAAGUUGCUUACAGGGGGAAGAGAGCAGAAUUGUAUUGUAUUUUCGGUGGAACACCACUUCCUCAAACAGUUUGGAAAAAAGGUGGGAAGUUAGUACAAAGUUCGGACCGAAUAACACAAGGAAAUUAUGGAAAGUCGCUAAUAAUCAAGGUGGUUGAUUUUGAAGAUCAAGGCUCGUAUACUUGUGAAGUUAGUAAUGGAGUGGGAGAAGCUAAAUCAUAUUCGAUCAACUUGAAUGUAUUAGCUGUACCUUACUUUACCAAAGAACCUGAAAGGGUAAAUGCUGCUGAAGACGAAACCAUUGAAUUCUCCUGUGAGGCAGGAGGCGUACCUGAACCUGCAAUUAAAUGGAUUCACAAUGGAAAACCCAUUGAAGCAGCUCCUUACAACCCUAGAAGAAAAGUAUACUCGAACAAAAUUGUGAUAGAAAGACUGGAAAAGAAUGAUACAGGCAACUAUGGCUGUAACGCGACAAAUAGUUUAGGUUACGUUUAUAAAGAUGUGUACGUUAACGUACUAGCAUUGGCCCCUGAGAUAACUGAAGCUCCAAGAGAUACUCAAGCUGUAGACAACCAGAAUGUCAACAUGACAUGUAAAGUUUUGGGUGCUCCAAAGCCAAAUGUCAAGUGGAUCCAUAAUGGAAAGGAGUUAACUGGUGGCAGAUACGAAAUACAGUCAAAUGGUGAUCUACAUAUCAGUGGUGUUCAAUUCGAUGACAGGGGAAACUACACCUGUUACGCGGAAAAUAAACUGGGGAACACAAGCGCAAGUGCCAAACUGGAUAUCAAAGCUCAUACUUAUAUAACUGAUGGACCUGAGGAUUAUGAGGUCGAAGCAAGGACUUCAGCUACAUUUCGUUGUAAUGCAGUCGCUGACGAAUCUCUCGACUUGGAAAUUUUGUGGUUGAAGAAUGACCAGCAAAUCGAUUUUGAGGGUGAACCGCGAUUCGUCAAAUCCUCCGAUUACUCUUUGACCAUCACAAAGACCAUAGAGUUGGAUUCUGGUACAUACACUUGUCUAGCUAAAACAGAGCUAGAUGAAGCUUCUGCCAAGGCGCAGCUUACCGUCCAGGAUGUGCCGAACUCGCCUAGAAUGAUUGGUGUGGACUGUCACACCAAAGAUGCUACGAUAAGUUGGACGCCCAUGGGCGACAAUCGCGCCCCGAUUUCUUACUACAUCAUUCAGUAUAACACUAGCUUCACCCCUGACGAAUGGAAAGAUGCCUUCGACCACGUUCCUUCAGCAGAUAUGACUUACAAUGUCCCUAUGAGUCCAUGGGCAAACUACACGUUCCGUGUUAUUGCUGUCAAUAAAAUCGGGAAGUCGUCGCCUUCCUCCCAUUCUGACGUCUGUUCAACCUCUCCCGAGGUACCCCACAAAAAUCCUGAUAACGUGAAAGGUGAAGGUGACAGACCAGAUAACUUGGUUAUUACUUGGACUCCAAUGCCUCAAAUUGAGCAUAACGCCCCUGGUUUCAAAUACCGUGUUUACUGGAAGAGAGACAUCCCUGGCAGGGAUUACAAAUAUCAAGAAAUCCUCGACUACACUCAAGAUAGAUUGGUCAUUACAAAUAGGACAUCUUUUGAACAGUAUAGAAUCAAAGUUGCUGCUGUUAACGACUUUGGUGAAGCUAACGUUUCUCCUCCAGAAGUUAUAGGUUAUUCUGGAGAAAGUGAGCCUGAAAAAGCACCAACAAACUUCACUUUGUUGACCAUACAAGGUCCUACGACUGCAUUAUUGAGCUGGGAUCCAGUUCCUCUGAGCUCGGUGAGGGGCCAUUUCAAGGGUUACAAAAUCAAGACGUGGAGUGAAACAUCACUCAUCUCCAAAGAAAUACAGGUACAAGGUGGUAAUUCCAAAGCUUUGGUCACAAACUUCGAUCCAUACACUAAAAACUUUGCACAAGUGUACGUAUUCAACGAAAAAUACAAUGGCCCUCCAAGUGAAAUCUUGACAUUUGAUACGCCAGAAGGAAUUCCUGGUGAAAUGGAAGUCCUCGAAGCUGUUCCUCUAGGGUCAUCUGCUUUCCUGCUCAAAUGGGAGAAACCGGAUAAGCCGAAUGGGAUACUUACCGGCUACAAUAUCUAUUACGCACAAGUUGAUAGUACAAUGAAAGUCUACCAGCCCAUUCCUAGAAAUCCCCAGAUCACCAACCCUGAAAUCAAACGUGCCAAACUCGGGGGCCUCGCAGCCGGAACUAAAUACCGCUUAUACAUCAGUGCCACCACGAAUGCUGGCGAGUCGAAGAGAUUCUUCAUCGAGCGGCAAACCAAACCUCUGGGAUUCCACAAACCUUCGAAGCCGAGCUUCGAUUGGGAAAUCGUAAAACCUGGUCCGCCCACCUCGGUGAAAAUUCGCUGGAUACCGAGCGAAGACGGCAAACCGGGUUCCCACUUCUACGCCAAAUACAGGAAGAAGGGCGAAUCGGAUUACCUGAAUCGCAAGGAGGAGAAGAACGAAGAUUUCCUCAUCGUCCCCGGCUUAGAUGCUGCUACUGUCUAUGAAUUCAUCGUAGUAUCCGUAGACGGCACUUUCUACGAGAGCAGCGAUCCACAGGAGGUUAGCACUUAUGACAUUGACGGACCCAUUAUUAGGGCCAAGGAGAAUGUGGCGACUGCAGGAUGGUUCAUCGGUAUGAUGCUGGCCAUCGCAUUCUUGCUGCUUGUUCUCAUUAUCGUUUGCAUCUUCAAAAGGAAUCGGGGAGGCAAGUAUGCCGUCCACGAACGAGAGCAGGCCAAUGGCAGGCACGAUUAUCCUGAUGAAGGAGGAUUCCACGAAUAUUCCCAACCUUUGGACAAUAAAUCUCACGGACGAGCUUCGAUGGGUAGUGAACCAAAACUUGGACCAGAAAGUGACACAGACUCGAUGGCCGAGUAUGGAGAUGGCGACACAGGUCGUUUCACUGAAGAUGGGUCAUUCAUUGGGCAGUAUGUGCCUAGUAACAUGAAGCAGCUAGGCAUUUCCGCAGCGAUGCAGGGAACAAAUAACAAUGCAGUGGGUACCUACGUCUAAAUAUUCGUGAAUUUCGGUAGCUUUUUGUGUUGUGUUAUAUCUCAGAGACUCUCUAACUUAUAAUUGUUAAGUAAACAUUUCGUCAUUUGCUAUUUUUCGUUUAAAGUGAUUAUAAUUUUCAAGUUUAAUUUCGUCCAUAUCAGUAAGUUCUGAAGUUCAUAAUCAAAAUAACUUGAUAUAUGUAGAAACGUAGGUUAGAAUAGUUCGUUUUGUUAAAUAUUGAUGGCGAUCAUUAUUCAUUACAAAUACUUGGCGAUACUAGAUAACUUUCUGAAUUAACACAAAAUCUUCAUUGACGGAAGUUAAGGUUGCUCAGCUUUUUGUGACAGAAAUUAUGUACUAAAAGUGUUGUAUUUGAGAAAAAUUCGAACGUUUCAUUCAAAAUUGAGAUAAGUAUUCAUGUAACUGAGUAAACUGAGCCAUAAUAUUCAAUGUUUCUGCUUUGAGUAACCUUAUAAUAUAAGCCAUCUAGAAUAAAUAUAUCGAAUGACUCUUUUACAAUGCAAAUGUAACUGAAUCUUUUUAUAUUUUUUUACUGACACUGCCUUAUUUAUCAAAUGUCUUUGUAUCAUUUAUUAGUGAGUAAUUCUUUAUUCAAGUCACUGAAUUAUAUAUUUUUUGG